AUGCAAACCCUAAUAACCCUCCUCAACGGCCCCACCGAAUUCGUCACCCGUCUCGACUACCUCCACGACCAAAACAUAACCUACAUCGGCAACGAGCCCGCAUUCCUAACAGUCUUCCAAUACCACUACGCCGGCCGCCCAGCAAAAUCCACCUCCCGCGUACGCACCUACAUCCCCGACUACUUCUCUCCCACUCCAGCAGGACUACCAGGCAACGACGACUCAGGCGCAAUGGGCUCGUUCGUCGCUAUGGCGAUGAUGGGCUUAUUCCCGAACCCAGGACAGGACGUGUACCUACUCACAACACCGUUCUUCGAGACGGUUAGUAUUGUUUCACCGCUGACAGGGAAAACGGCAACGGUGAGGACGACUAAUUGGGCUGAGUAUAACACGCCUAAUGCUACUGGUGCUGCUGCUGGUGGGAAUGGGUUUAUCCAGUCCGCUACGCUGGACGGGAAGCCUUGGACGAGGAAUUGGAUUGGACAUGACUUCUUCACCGAAGGGAGGGAUUUGGUUCUUGUUCUUGGGAAAGAGGAGAGUGAUUGGGGGACUAAGCUCGAGGAUUUGCCGCCUUCUUUGGUGCCGGAGGCUGGGGGUGCUCGUGAUGAUGGGGCUGUGAGGGACCGUAGGUGGGAGAGUGUUGUUGAGGCUGGGGAGAUUGGUGCUGUUUCUGGCACAUCGAGGCAUGCUUUGCACCUUGAUCACCAUGUUCGUAGGGCUGGGGAUGGUCAUGUGGAUAUAGGUAGUUCUUGGUAG